GCAGGUGCGAGAGUAGGAAAGAGAGAGUCAGAGAGGCUCGGGAUCAGAGGACCAAGAGAAGGGAAGGCAACAGGACGGAGUUUUUCAAACUUGUGAAGAAAGCCUCUAAAAAGAAUGGCAGGAGGACUGAAUGCCCCCACUAUGGCUAUGGUAAUGAGACUGCUCUCCGUGAGCCUGGUUCUCCUCCUCGUGGUUUCGCCCACCUCCACGCGACACCAUGGGUACUCUUACUUCCAGCGAACACCCUAUUACUGCGGAAGGUUGAGAUUCUACGACCCAAGUUACUACACCUGUUGUAACGGCGCCAUUCAAUACGGGGGCCGACAACAGUGCUGUGGCUAUCUGGCCUACGACCCUUUACGAUCAAGCUGUUGCAACGGACAGCUUGCCGAGGCUACCAGCGGAUGCUGCGGCAGCCAGCCGUACGAUCCCAGGUUCUUCACCUGCUGCGACAAAAAGCUUUACUCUGGCGGCCAUCUGCGUUGCUGCGGUGCGAAGGCGUAUGACCCUACGACGCACAGUUGCUGUUAUGGCUUGAUCUACGGCGGGGCAAAACAGGUCUGCUGCGGGCAGAAAGCGUUCUAUAACGAAUUUCAUACCUGCUGCUAUGGGAAAUUGUCGUUUGGCAGAGGCCACAUGUGCUGUGGAAAGAGAGCGUAUGAUCCGAAAUAUUAUACUUGCUGCAGAAACCAUAUCUACUUUGGUCAAGUUUUCUGCACUGGUGGCAAAAAGUAAUAUAUGUAGUUUAUGUUGUAAUUGAUUAAUUAAUUAAUUAGGUAAUUAAUUCGCUGGUGUGAAAAGGUUCCCUGUGAUAUAUACAUAUAUUAACAGCCUACGAUGUGCAUUAGAGGAAAUAAAUAGUCUUGGAUCACCUGGGCCCAGUUUCACCAACACUGGAUAGCGCUAUCCUAUGGAUAACACUAUCCAUGGGAUAAAAUUAUGGUCCUCUGGACAUUUAUCCUGAGGAUAGCAGUCAUUUUUAUCCACUGGAAAAGCAAGUGUUUAGAAAACACUAUUUUACGCACAGGA